UCCACAUUCUUAUCACACCCCGGUCUCAAACAUGUAACAGCCUGCCUCGAGCCUUCCUUCCCUCCAUCUGCCGUUGAAAAUCUCAACCAAAGUACCAAACAAAACAAAACCGAUACUAUAUAUUAUACAAACAGGACAAAUAUAAAUACAAAGAAGGGAAUUGAAAGCGACGAGAAUUUUAGUUUAACGGAGAAGAAACGGGAAAAGUCAAAGGAGCCGGCUGUUUUGAAAUGGCGAUUCCUUUACCGGAAUUGCAGCGUAGGGAGGAGGCGGUGGUGGUUUCUACGAGCACGAUGAAACCGAGUACGCCGUUCGGGGGCUUUUCUGAGGAGAGUGAAGAGAAGUCUCCGAUUAUGAUAUUCUUGUUGUUCCAUAAGGCGGUGCGGAAUGAGCUGGAUGCGCUUCACCAAUUGGCUUUGGCGUUUGCUACUGGAAACAGUGUCGAUAUUCAAUCGCUGUUUAAGCGGUACGGUUUCUUCAGAUCGAUUUAUAAGCAACACUCUGUUGCCGAAGAUGAGGUUAUUUUUCCAGCCCUAGAUAUGCGUGUGAAAAAUGUGGCAAAAACCUACUCCCUUGAACACAAGGGAGAGAGUAAUCUUUUCGAUCAUCUGUUUGAGCUUUUAAAUUCUUAUAUGGAAGAUGAUGAGAGUUUUCCAAAGGAGUUAGCUUCUCGUACAGGGGCCAUUCGAACCUCAAUUAGUCAGCAUAUGGCCAAAGAAGAGGAGCAGGUUUUUCCCUUGGUUAUUGAAAAGUUCUCUCUUGAAGAGCAAGCAUCUCUAGUUUGGCAGUUUUUAUGCAGCAUUCCUGUGAAUAUGGUGGCAGAGUUCCUUCCAUGGCUUUCAUCUUUUCUUUCACCUGAUGAAUAUCAGGACAUGCAGAAAUGCUUAAGCAAAAUAGUUCCAGAAGAAAAGCUUCUGCAGCAGGUUAUAUUCACUUGGAUGGAAGGGAGAAAUGGUGCUGACUUAUUAGGAAAGUGUCAGCUAGAUUCUGCUGAUGGCAUAACCCAGUCAUUGGACAGUAGAACCUGUCCUUGUGAGUUGUUCAAGACAGGGAAAAGAAAAUGUUUGGAGCCCGACAGUAAUUAUUCAGAGAUGGAUGGCACACAUCCAAUUAAUGAAAUAUUGCUUUGGCAUAAUGCUAUUAAAAGAGAGUUGAAUGAGAUAGCUGAGGGGGCUAGGAAGAUUCAACUCUUUGGGGAUUUCAAUAAUCUUUCAGUCUUUAAUGAACGAUUGCAAUUUAUUGCUGAGGUUUGCAUCUUUCACAGUAUUGCAGAGGACAAGGUAAUAUUCCCUGCAGUUGAUGAAGAGUUGUCUUUCACCCAGGAGCAUGCUGAAGAAGAAAGCCAAUUCAAUGACUUUAGGUGUUUGAUUGAAAGUAUUCAAAAUGCGGGAGCAACUUCUAGUUCUUCUGCUGAAUUUUAUUCCAAGUUAUGUGAGCAUGCUGAUCAAAUAAUGGAAACUAUACUGACCCAUUUCCAAAAUGAGGAAGUUCAGGUUCUUCCAAUUGCACGAAAGAACUUUAGUUUCAAAAGGCAGCGUGAACUUUUGUAUCAAAGCUUGUGUGUAAUGCCUUUGAGAAUGAUUGAGCGUGUCUUGCCAUGGCUGGUUGGGUCAUUAACAGACAAUGAAGCUCGGAAUUUCCUGAAGAACAUUCAGUUUGCAGCUCCAGCAACAGAUACUGCUCUGAUGACACUUUUUUCUGGUUGGGCUUGCAAGGGCCGUAACCAAGGCAUGUGUUUGUCUCCAAGUGGCAACAGUUGCUGUGUGAAAAGGUUCACUGACAUUGAAGAAGACUUUGUUCAGUCAUGUUGUGCAUGCACUUCUUCCUUGUGCAUGAAUGAGACCUGUUCAUCAAUUCAUGGAGAUGAAGUCAAGAGACCAGUCAAAAGAAACGUUUCUGAUUCAUGCAGAACUGAUGGUGCCUCUGACCGGUCAGUUAGUCUCAAUGCCCAUGAGCAAUCUUGCAAUGAAAGGGCAUGCUGUGUUCCUGGUUUAGGAGUAAAUUCUAAUAACCUGGGGAUAAGUUCUCUUUUAACAGCCAAGUCUCUGAGAUCUUUGUCUUUUAGCUCCUCCGCUCCAUCUCUUAAUUCCAGUCUUUUUGUCUGGGAAACAGAUAAUAACUUGUCCAGCAUUGGCUCAGAAGAACGACCAAUUGAUACUAUUUUCAAAUUUCAUAAAGCCAUCAGCAAAGACUUGGAAUAUCUGGAUGUUGAAUCUGGAAAGCUCGGUGAUCGUGAUGAGACAUUCCUUAGGCAAUUUAUUGGAAGAUUUCAUCUAUUGUGGGGUUUAUACAGAGCUCAUAGUAAUGCUGAGGAUGAUAUUGUUUUCCCAGCAUUGGAGUCUAAAGAGACGCUUCAUAAUGUUAGUCACUCCUAUACACUAGAUCAUAAGCAGGAGGAAACAUUGUUUGAAGACAUUAACAAUGUUCUUUCUGAACUUUCACACCUUCUUGAAAGCUCUACCAGAGGUCAUGUGGCCACUGAUACCAACAUUGAACUUUCUGAUGCCUGCGAUGGAGAUUGUCUGAGAAAAUAUAAUGAGCUGGCUACUAAGCUUCAGGGGAUGUGCAAAUCCAUCAGAGUUACCUUGGAUCAUCAUAUUUUCCGGGAGGAACUUGAACUUUGGCCAUUAUUUGGUAAACAUUUUUCUGUGGAGGAGCAAGACAAACUAGUUGGGCGCAUAAUUGGAACCACAGGCGCUGAAGUGCUUCAGUCAAUGCUGCCAUGGGUAACUUCAGCCCUUACUCAGGAGGAGCAAAUAAUGAUGGACACAUGGAAGCAAGCAAAAAAUACCAUGUUCAAUGAGUGGCUUAACGAAUGUUGGAAAAAACCUUCUGAAUCGUUCUUGCAGAAUGAAAUGUCAGAAACUGGCAUUUCUCUAAAAGAUAAUGAUUUUCAAGACAGCUUGGAACAAUGUGAUCAAAUGUUUAAGCCUGGGUGGAAAGUUUUCCGGAUGAAUCAAAAUGAGCUCGAGUCCGAGAUCAGAAAGGUUUAUCGGGACUCAACUCUUGAUCCUAGGAGAAAAGCAUAUCUUGUUCAGAAUCUUUAACUAGGUUUUCGUUGGAUAGCUGCUCAGCAAAAGUUGCCCCAAGAAGCAUCUACUGAAGCAUUUAAAGGUGAAGAUGUGUUGGGAUGUUCUCCAUCAUUUCGUGAUCCAGAUAAGCAAAUAUUUGGUUGUGAGCACUAUAAAAGAAACUGCAAACUCCGUGCUGCUUGCUGUGGGAAGUUGUUUACUUGCAGAUUUUGCCAUGAUAAUGUGAGCGAUCACUCUAUGGAUAGGAAAGCAACCUUGGAGAUGAUGUGCAUGAGUUGCCUCAAGAUUCAACCUGUUGGGCCAAUAUGUGUUGCACCUUCUUGCAAUGGACUUUCAAUGGCAAAGUAUUAUUGUAGUAUUUGCAAGUUUUUUGAUGAUGAAAGGAAUGUGUAUCAUUGUCCAUUUUGCAAUCUGUGUCGUGUUGGGAAAGGACUUGGCAUUGAUUUUUUUCAUUGCAUGACAUGCAAUUGUUGCCUCGGGACAAAGUUAGUGAAUCACAAGUGCCUGGAGAAAAGUUUAGAAACCAACUGCCCUAUCUGUUGUGAUUUUUUGUUCACGUCAAGUGCAACAGUCAGAGCUCUACCUUGUGGCCACUACAUGCAUUCAGCUUGUUUUCAGGCAUACACUUGCAGUCAUUACACUUGUCCACUUUGCAGUAAAUCCUUGGGAGAUAUGGCGGUUUACUUUGGCAUGCUUGAUGCAUUGUUGGCUGCUGAAGAGCUUCCUGAAGAAUAUAGGGAUCGAUAUCAGGAUAUACUGUGCAACGAUUGCGACCGAAAGGGCAUGGCUCGGUUCCAUUGGUUGUAUCACAAGUGUGAAUAUUGUGGAUCAUACAACACCCGGGUGAUCAAGACUCAGGCUCAGACCCAGACGCUAGCAUCAGACUGCGCUUCCGCUCAACAAUGAGAGGCUUCUCUUUUCCCGAAGACUUACAGACGUUAGUUUGUAAAUAACUUUGUAUAGGCAGUUAUUCCCAAUUAUGACUAGUUUCCUUCCUCCUUUGCUAAGGAUAAUACACACGGAAUGAGCCCUUUUACCCCCCCCCCCCUUCUCCCUUGUUUUUUCGGCUUUUGGGUUCAGCAAAAAUCAUCCAGACAUUAAAAAGUUUAGAUAUGUUUAAAACUUUUCCUACAAGGGAAAGGAUUAAUUCCUACCUAAACUUUAAACUAAUUGACUGUUCGGUACCGUAUCAGUACAGGUAGUACUGAUCAGUACAUAGUUAUAAAGUAAAAAGGAAACGACAUUGA